UUCGAGUAGAUUAAACAACUCUUUUGGACAAGCUUUCACUCAUUUAUCCAAUGACGAUAUUGUGGCGGGAAUAUCUGUGACCCGAUCCGCAGUCCCUUUACCCAGACUGUAACACAUGCUUUCCGUAAGGAUUAUUUGGACAUACAUUUUAUCAUGUUACACCGAAAUGUCUUCCGUGGAGGUCAAUAAUCUCUGUAUCACCCACGAGGUCUUAGUCUGGUUUAUGUUGUGCAUAUACAAAGUUUCGUGCUAUAGAGUCAGGACACAGACAUAUGCUAGUGUGCAUUGUUUCAUGUGGGCUUUCUGCAUCAAGUCACCGUUUUGGGGAAAGAUAAUCUGCCCAAGAUCUUUGUUUUAAUUAAUAACUAUUAGAAAGCGACAUUCAAAGCAGUUUGACCUGACGUCUUUUCUGCUAGUUUGCUGUAGUUGACCUGUGCUCAACAAAGUCAUUAAACCUAGUUAUAUUCCACAAGUAGCCUACAUUUGUGUGGAAAGCGUCAAUGACCUCAUGAGAGUGCAAGGGUUUAUGCAAACAAGGCAGCAGAAUUGCGUUACAGUUUAAUGACUUUGAGUCACUCUCCAAGUUAUUGGAGUUAUGGCGUUCCAGUCAACGUUGGCGACCAAAUUGAGACGGCUGCCCGCCAUCAGUACUUACCUGACAACCACCCAUGAUGUUCACAGUCCAGGGGUUGUGUGCAUUGCACCUGAUGUUGAGUGUAUGCAGUUGACUGACCCAACUUGCGCCCUACAUGGUGAGACUGAGAGCCGUAAUCAUCAGGUAUUUCAUCGUGGUCCAGAAGGGGACAAGAUUUGAAUUGUGAAUCAUCUUGGACAAUUUGAUUGCGGCCAAGUUCGUAUACCUGUACAUGUACUGUAACCUUUGAACUUUGGACGAGCACCUGAUUCUGUGUUUCGAGGAUAUCCCAAGUUCAUCGAACUGUGACCUGUGACCUUUGAGCUUUGGACGAGCACCUGAUGCCGUGUUUGAGGAUAUCUCAAGUUCAUCGAACCGUGACCUGUGACCUUUGAGCUUUGGACGAGCGCCUGAUGCCGUGUUUGAGGAUAUCUCAAGUUCAUCGAACCGUGACCUGUGACCUUUGAGCUUUGGACGAGCACCUGAUGCCGUGUUCGAGGAUAUCCCAAGUUCAUCGAAAUGUGAUCAGUGACCUUUGAACUUUGGACGAGCAUCUGACCGUGUUCGAGGAUAUCCCAAGUUCAUCGAACUGUAUACUUUGAACUGCACGUGUGUUCGAUUUAUUGCUUGAUUGUUGUGUAAUUUUCUUGCUUAUUACUUGUAGUGUUCGGUAUUUCACAUAAUUUACAUUUUAUUCACAUAAUUGUGUUGAUUUAUUGAUUGACUGGUUGGUAAAUUCUUUUCUGAUUUAUAUAAUAUUGGUAUUGAUCAUAACGUACUGCUAUUCCAUUUUCACUGCUGUAAUUUGAUAGUUCACAAUGUCAAUUUCAAAUGCCAGUAAAUCCAGCAAGGCUGGUACUUCCAGUUCAAUUAGUAGUGCUAGGCUCAAGGCAGCUGCUACUUUAGCAGGCCUUCAGGCAGAAGCCGCAAGCAGGAUAGCAUUGAAAGCCAUUGAAGAGGAAGAGUUUAGACUUGCUCAGCGUAAGCGAGACUGCGAACUCCAGCUGGAAAUUGCCAAGGCAGAGGCAGAGCAAAGGGCUCUGGGAGACAUUGAACAAUCUUCACAUGAAGACGAGCCUAAGCCAAGUUUAGUUGGGUCGACGGCUGCAGAGAAGGUGGAUCAGUGGUUAACUGGUAACCCGCAGCCAUCUGCUCCAGUGCAACCAUCAUCGCCCAUGGCAGCAAUUCCUUUGCAACGUGAGAUGAUUGACACGCUGCUCUUGCCAAAGUGUGAGCUGGUCAAGUUCAAUGGGGAUCCUCUUGAAUACUGGAUCUUCAUCUCUAGCUUUGAUGCAGCUGUUGGCAAAACCAGCGUUGGGGCCAGCGCCAAGCUAAAUCGCCUGUUCCAGUAUUGUUGCGGAGAGGCGCUGGCAGUUAUCAGAUGUUGUGCUGUCAUGCAUCCGGAUGAGGGCUACACAAGGGCAAGGGCAUUGCUACGUGAACGCUUUGGUAACGAUUACAGGAUUUCGGAAACUUGGGUCAGUAAACUUACAGAGGGCCCGUGCAUCCUGCCAGGGGAUUGCAGAGGUAUCCAGAAGUUAGCUGACGAUCUUCGGAGCUGCACACUCACUCUGACAGCGAUGAAAAAGCUUGGAGAAGUUGACACUAAAAGGAGCCUUAGCCUCAUCGUAAAGAGACUGCCACAAUUCGUGCAGGGUAAAUGGCGUUCGAAAGCUGUGGGCAUUCUGGACAAGACUGGCCACUACCCCAAUGUUGCAGAACUUGUCAAGUUUAUCAGCAAAGUAGCUCGAGAGGCAAAUGAUCCCGUUUAUGGUUUGGAGGACCGGCACAGCAAUGAGAAAUCACCCAAGAAGAAGGGAUCCAACUAUAAUAUCCAAGCCACCAGUGAGUUCGACCACAGGUCUCAGGUUGGGACUGACUCGUCCAAGCGUCAAUGUGGCAAGAACGAAUUGGUGAAAAAGACAGCUUGUCCAUUGUGCUCUGGGGAACAUGCACUCGUGGCAUGCGACAACUUUGGUAAGAUGUCUCCUACUGACCGAGUCAAAGUGGCGAGUGAAAACAAGCUGUGUUUCAACUGUCUCUCCAGUAGGCAUUUUUCAAGGCAGUGUAAAGCAGCUCCCUGCAGUUUCCAAGGAUGUAGAGGAAUACACUCGAGGCUGUUACAUGGUGUAUUCCAGAGAGCGAAUUCUGAAGAUGGAGGUGCUCCUAAAGAAUCGCCUGAUGAUCAGAAAGUCGGAGCAACAAGUCUCGCUUGUGGGUCCAGUCAAGAACACUCUAAGAUAGCCCUACCAGUUGUCGCCGUGAUGGUGAGAGGUGCGGAUAGUGGGGAGUGGCUCAAGACAAAUGCUCUUCUUGAUCCCGGGAGCAACAGGUCGUUCUGCACAAUGGAGUUAGUGGAAAUGCUGGGUGUAAAGGGCACCCCACAAUCUUUGUCUCUGGACACGUUGAACGAGAAUGCACAGGUUCAAACAGUUGUGCUUUCGUUGGACGUGUCUGGAAUUGUCGGCAAGGCCCAUACCAGAAAGUCUUUCUGCAUACCAGAGAUUCACGCUCUGAAAGAGUUUCCCACUCUGCGAGAUUCCUGUGCUACCCUUGAAGAUGUGAAGAAGUUUGAACACUUGAGAGACAUCCCCGUUCCAUGCGUAGCUAAAGAUGGUGUAGCGAUUCUCAUUGGACAAGAUGUCCCACAGGCCCUGGUUCCAUUAGAGGUGAGGCGUGGUGUGGAAGGCGAACCCUACGCAGUCAGAACCUGCCUUGGAUGGACGGUGAAUGGACCGUUAGCCAGUGGGAGUCCAGCAGCAGUGUCCAACUUUGUUCAAGGCGGCCUUGAAGCUCAGGUUGAGCGAUUUUGGAAGCUUGACACUGCAGACCUAUCAGAUGACAGAACCAUGUCACUGGAUGACAAGAAGGCAGUCAAGACAUGGAAUGACUCAGUCAAUCUUGUUGAUGGCCACUACCAGUUAGACAUACCAUUCAAGUCGGACACUCCCGAUUUGCCUGAGAACAGGAUUGUUGCAGAAAGGCGCUUGCAAUCCCUUGCCAAGCGGUUUACCAAGGACCCCGGUUUGCACUCAAGAUACUGUGCAGAGAUACAAAAUCUGUUGAGCAGAGGGUUUGCUGAGAGGGUGCCUGAGCACGAGCUGGCAUCAUCAACGGGACAAACUUGGUACUUACCUCAUCACUGCGUUCUGAACCCCAACAAGCCUGAAAAGCUUAGAGUUGUGUUCGAUUGCACUGCCAGAUGCUGUGGUACUUCGUUAAAUGACAGAGUAUUACAGGGGCCGGACAUGAUGAACAAGUUAGUUGGAGUCCUUACCCGUUUCCGAGAGCACAAAGUUGGAUUGAUGGGAGACAUCGAGCAGAUGUUUCAUCAGGUUGGAGUCUCCAAGGAACACAGAGAUGUGUUACGAUUCCUAUGGUGGCCUGAAGGGGAUGCUACUCGACCUCCUGAAGUGUUUCGUAUGACGGUCCACCUUUUCGGAGGGGUAUGGAGUCUGAGUUGCGCUGCAUUUGCUCUUCGGCGAACGGCAGAUGACAACGAGGAUAUGUUCAGCAGUGAUGCAGUCCAGGCAGUAAAAGAGAACUUCUACGUUGAUGAUCUUCUUAAAUCCUUCAAGUCGGAGGAUGAUGCAGCAUUCAUGGUGAAGCAGCUGACGCACCUUCUAGCUAAAGGUGGCUUCCACUUGACUAAGUGGAUCUGCAGUAGCAGAAAGGUCAUGGAUUCCGUACCGAUGGCUGAAAGAGCCAAGACAGUCACCGACCUGGACCUUGAUCAUGAACGUCUUCCUGUGGAAAGGGCCUUAGGAGUAUGUUGGGAUACCGAAAGUGAUCAGAUUGGAGUCAAGAUAAAGUCAAGGCGAGGAUGUCACACUAAGAGAGGUCUGUUAAGCAUUCUGAGGUCUGUUAAGCAUUCUGAGCUCCGUUUACGAUCCUCUUGGGUUCGUGUGUCCAUUUGUUCUGUUGGCCAAGAUCAUGUUCCAAAAUGAGUGUAGAAUAGUUGGGAAGGGCUGGGAUGAGCCAUUGGAAGUCAGUACGCAAGAUCAGUGGACCAGGUGGCUGGAUGAUCUUCCCAAGCUGGAGCAGUUUUCUGUUGAUAGGUGUCUGAUUCCUGAUGAUUUUGGAAUUGUUGAGGAAUGUCGUUUGCAUCAUUUUGCUGACGCUUCACAAGAUGCCUAUGGCUCCGUUUCUUUUGCCCGCUUUGUCAACACUGAUGGUGAUGUUCACUGCAGCUUUCUGAUUGGCAAAUCACGACUCGCACCGUUGAAAACCAUGACUAUCCCUAGACUAGAGCUAUCUGCUGCAGUUAUUGCAGUGAAGAUGGACCAGAUGCUCAGAAGAGAACUAAGGGUUCAGGUGAAAGGGUCAACGUUCUGGACAGACAGUACAGUGGUACUCCAGUACAUAAGUAACCAAUCAAAGCGUCUCCAAACGUUUGUUGCAAACAGAGUUGCCACAAUUCAUGAUGGAUCUACCGCCAGUCAGUGGAGAUAUGUCAAUACACAGCAGAAUCCUGCUGACGAUGCAUCUAGGGGGCUCGAUGCCCAGAGUAUGCUUGACAAGAUAAGAUGGAGAAAGGGUCCUGAUUUCUUGUGGCAGACUGAGGACAGUUGGCCUGUGACUCCACAAAUUCCUAGUCUGCUGGAAAAGGACAAGGAAGUGAGAAAGGUAGCACUGUCCCGAGCCAUAGAUGUCGUUGGUCAGGAUGACCCCACUCACAGGUUGAUCAGCAGAUACUCGUCUUUGUAUCGUCUCAAAAGGGCGGUCACAUGGGUGCCCAAAGUGGCUGCGACUCCAUAGGCCCAGGAACCUGGAUAGUGGAGAUAAGGGAAACCAGAGGUUGACUGUGGGUGAACUGCAAGAUGCGGAGCUGGCCAUAAUCAGGAGCAUUCAGAGAAGGCACUACAAGAAGGAGUUCCGUGAUUUGUUGGCGGGAAAGACUUCCGUGCAGAGACAGAGUCCUGUGUAUUGUCUCGAACCAUGCGUAGAUGACCAUGGGGUAUUGAGGCUUGGUGGUAGACUGCGACACUCUCCAGUCGGGCCCACUUGCAAUCAUCCAGUGAUACUACCUCGUGAUAGUCAUCUGGCCACUUUGAUAGUACGUCAUGCACAUGAAUUGCUAUCUGGCCAUUCGGACAAAGAGCAUGUGCUCUCUGUGAUAAGACGACAAUAUUGGGUUCCCAAGGUGCGACCUUUGAUCAACCGCAUUUUGAAGGAGUGCGUGCUCUGUAGAAAACUUCGGGGACUGCCUGGCGUUCAACGUAUGGCCGACCUACCUGCCUACAGAGUGACUCCAGGCAAACCACCGUUCACCCACGUUGGGGUUGAUUGCUUCGGACCGUUUCAUGUCAAACGAGGGAGGAGCAGGGAAAAGCGCUAUGGCUGUAUUUUCACCUGUAUGCGAAUCAGAGCAGUCCACCUGGAGAAGCUACACUCUCUAGAAACUGAUUCGUUCCUCAAUGCCUUCCUAAGGUUUGCGGCAAGGCGAGGAACCCCGGAGAAAAUCUAUUCCGACAACGGGACUAACUUUGUUGGAGCAGAAAGGGAGCUAAGGGCAGCUAUUGAGCGCUUACAGGAAAGCAGAAAGGUCGAAUGGCAGUUUAACCCGCCAGCGGCCUCCCACAUGGGAGGCGUUUGGGAGCGCCAGAUUCGUACCUGCCGGAAAGUUCUGAGUUCACUUCUGCGUGAUGAGGUACUUGAUGACGAGAGACUCGACACAUUGUUCUGCGAAGUGGAGUCUAUCGUAAAUGACCGACCCAUCACAGCAGUCUCCGACGAUCCGAAAGAUCUCGAACCCCUUACUCCCA